AUGUCUAUAACGUGUGUGUCUUUUGUAUAUUUGACAGUAGUGUCAUUAGUUGGAGCCCAGCUUUAUGAUUUAAAUAUUGUGCAUUAUAAUGACUUCCAUGCAAGAUUCGUUGAAACUAGUCUUGGCGGUUCAGUCUGUAGUCCUCCUGAACCAUGUAUCGGUGGGUUUGCACGAUUAACGACCCUCAUUAGGCAGGCUCUAGAUAGGGAACCUGACUCGAUACUGUUGAAUGGCGGUGACAGCUUCCAGGGUACAAUAUGGUACAAUCUGCUGAGGUGGAACGUUACCCAAGACUUCAUGAACAUGCUGCCCCAUGAUGCUCAUGCACUGGGAAACCAUGAGUUUGAUAACGGAAUCGAAGGCGUUGUACCAUAUUUACAACAUUUGAACUCCUCAGUAGUCGCCGCCAAUAUCAUUGCGGAUGAGGAACCAACUAUUCAAGGAUUGUUCGAACCGAGUGUUAUAGUGGAGAGAAAAGGACGUAGGAUUGGCAUUAUAGGUGUCAUUAUAGCGACAACCAAUGAACUAGCAUCUACUGGUAAACUAAGAUUCACAAAUGAAAUAGAAGCAGUCAGGAGAGAAGCUGAAAAGUUGAACAGCGAGGGUGUUGACAUUAUUGUAGUUUUAUCACAUUGUGGACUCGAUAUUGACAGAGAAAUAGCUUUGAAUGGAGGUCCACAUAUAGAUAUAAUUGUCGGAGCUCAUAGCCACUCUCUUCUCAUCAAUUCUGAUCCUCCAGAGGGAAUACCUUUCAGUCCAUUAGGGCCUUAUCCCGUGGAAGUACAACAGCAAAACAAAACUGUGUUAAUUGUUCAAGCUGCUGCUCAUACGGCUUUCUUGGGGGAGAUUAAACUUUAUUUUAAUGAUGAAGGAGAUCUGGUAAGAUGGGAAGGCAACCCCCACUUCGUUGGUAGUGGCGUUGAACAAGCAAGUGAUGUUGUCGAAAAGUUACAUCAAUACUUACCACUUGUGUCAGAAAGAGCUAACGAGCAAGUUGGAUUUUCAAAAGUACACCUUUUAUCCAGUUGCGCCUGCGAUGAAUGUAAUUUAGGCAGUCUCAUUUGUGAUGCUUUUCUUGAUGCUGUCAUCGAUAGAGCGGAAGGUAACAAUUGGAACUACGCUCAUUUUUGCGUCAUAAAUCAAGGUGGCGUUAGAUCGGACAUUGCACCCGGAAACGUAACGUUGGAACACGUCCUACUAUCGACGCCAUUUGAGAACAGAGUGGAAGUUUUCGACUUAAGUGGGCAACAUAUCUUAGAGAUGCUCGAAUACGCUGUGAUGAAUGAACCAUAUGCUGGUGCUAGAAUGAUCCAAGUUUCAGGUUUACGAGCAAUUUUCGAUGGUGCCCGUCCAAAAAACAGUCGAGUGGUAAAUGCGACCAUACGCUGUAUCGAGUGUAACGUACCACGCUACGAGCCACUAGACGUCAACAAAAUAUACAAAGUUGUAUCCCAGCACUUCAUGGGAACCGGUGGUGAUGGAUUUUCUAUGAUUUCAAAUAAUCGACAAAACGUUGAAGUUAUUGGUGUUGAUUACGACGUGGUAAUGAAUUACAUGAGGCGUCAAGCUAUUAUUGUAAAAGAUGUGGACGGCCGUUUACAAAUAACAGAUCCUUGCAUAGUCGAUUGAGUAAUACACAAGAUUAUAAAUUAAAAUAUUGAUGAAGUUCAAA